AUGGAAGAUUUACACAGCAUGAUGGAAGUUAUGAUGACCCAAAUGAAGAAGCAAGACAAGCUCGAUACCAUAAAAGCAAAGUUACAAUCGUUCGAAAAUGAACUCCAAGGCGUAAAAGACUCUUUAAAUUUUGUACACGCUGAAGUAGAAGAAUUAAAGAAAGGUGGCACCGCACACAAAGAGUCUGCUGAAGAGUUGAAAAGCAAAGUGCAAAUGCUUCUAAACGAAAACACGAGGCUCAACAAUAGCGUGAUUGAUCUAAAAGCGAGAUCGAUGCGUGAUAAUCUGUUGUUCUUCAACAUUGAUGAACCCACAGGAGAGGAAAAAGAAGACACUACGGAGAUCAUUCUGGCGUUAUUGGAAGAUAAACUGGAGAUUCCCGAUGCGCGCAACAAGGUAAAGAUUGAUAGGUCCCACCGAUUGGGCCCAAAGCGCCGAAAUACGCAAAGUGGUCAACAGCGACAGCAGACCACCAACAAGCCCGACCAAUUGUCGUGA